AUGGCCACACCUCCCUCGCCUCGCUUACGGGAUGACACGCCCCUGGUGUCCAACAACGGCUUGACUACUGCAACGGGCGCAGCCCCUUCUACGCCACCUUGGCUUCUACACCCUGAUGCGCCGUCUCCGUCGAGUUCCCCCUCAGCCAAUGCUUGCCCUGUUUGCCUUUGCGAAUUUGAGCAGGGGGCCAAUGGUGCGGAAGCAGUCUUCCCGUGGCCCGUUUGCCGCCACGCUCUUCACUUCGGGUGCGCCGCCCACUUUGUCACCAAUACGAGGGACCUUAACUGCCCCUCGUGCCGCGGAGGAUGGCCGGCUUGGGGAGCCGACGUGUUCCAGGCGGCCUGCAGAUUGCACAACGUGCCUCCACCAGCACCUGCCCCGGACCAUGACACUACCUCUCGUUGGCACCAUGAGGCAUCUGCCCCGCAACCACCCCCAGCCGUGCUACCUUUCUGCUGUCCGCGUGUUUUCUUGGCAGACCCAGCCCGGGCGUCCGACGAUGAUGCCUGGGAAGAGCUCCCUGACAGGCACAUGCACUGGGCACCGUUCUACAACAGGCAAGCCAACUCUUGGGAGCCGGAGUGGACUUGCCUUUGCUGCAACGCAACGGUCGACACCUCUCACCCUUUGCUUCAGGCACUUCCGCCAGACUCGGACCCACGUGCCCGACCCAUGGCCCUCGCCGCCUCGCGUUGGAUUUGCGAGAGGGCAGCCUCCCAAAGUACUCCCGUGUCCCGGAGAGCGCAUCCCCGUGCCAGCGCCUCCGGCUGCUGCAGUGGCCGCACCGCGCGCACCGCCUGCGGAAGCCCAAGGGCCGCCUUCCUCAUUAGCGGCCGUCGGGCCGACACACAGCUGGUUGUUCGUGCCCUUGUUGCACGCCGCAGUUGGCAGACUCACGGCCGAUGCUGGGCAGCACUGGGCCUCUCACACCAGCCUCGGGACUGUCUGGAAGGACGGCCCGUUCCCGUUCGUGAGGCGCAGCUCCUCCUCAGUCUAACCUCCGCAGCUAGUGUUCUCCCUGCUCCAACACUUGUGCACCUCCCGUGGGCGUGGGGCCAAGUUGUGCAACCGGAUGGAUACAUCCCAGCCACUGCCCAAAAAGCGCUCCUCCACGUCUCCCUGGGCGAAUCAGCCGCGGCGGCCCUUGUGCAAGCUGCCGCGCGCGCACCUUCCGGGGACCCGGUCGCCCCCGCUGGCAUUGGCCACGCAGAUGGCCCUGACGACGGCCGUGACCCGUCUUUCAGCUCGUCGUCCAGCUCUUCGGGCACACGCAACAGCAGCAGCACCACCACCAGUUGUAGCAACCCGCCUUUUCCCGUCCCAGAUGCAGCGCCGACACUGCGUGAUUCGCCACACUUCGUCUCAUCCUCGCCCUCGCACUCACCCCGAGGCGUGCAGCAUAGCGUCGGGAUUGCAGCUCCUACCGGCCAAUCCGGCCACUCACGUGCAGCUAGCCCUGUGUCUCCGCCAACGGCCCCGCCACCCCCUUCAACCGACAACUCCCCCCCGUCUGCAGACCUGUUGCGGACCCAGCUCCUUGCACGGUUCCAGUCAUUCUUCCGGGGCGAAUGGGCCCCACUAUUGCAUGCUGCCAUGAGUGAAGCUGGGGCUGUGGGAAGGUCGACUUCCACGUCGCCGAACUCACCCUCCCGCCGAGCUGAACGAGCCAUCCAGUGUGUCCACCUGGGUGAGCUGUCAGCCGCUCGCCAAGCUAUCGAUGCGGAACCACUUGAGUCGGCCAACCAGGACACACUGCGUCAACUCACGGACCCUUCCCGCCGACCGGUUGAGCCGUAUGGGCCGCUUGGGUCCGAAAUCUUGGAUUUCCAGCCUGAUGCGCCGGUGGCACUAGACAGGACAGCGCUGCUCGCUAACUUGCGUCGGGGCCGCAAGGGUGCGGCACCUGGCCCUACCGGCCUCACGGCCGAAAUGCUACGCCUCGUCCUGGAUGCGGAAGAAUCUUCCCAGGCCUUUGGAGACGUCGCGGUUCUCCUAGACCGCGCAUCUGUGCCUGAACCCAUCGCUGCUGUGUUGGCGAUCGGGCGUCUCGUUGCCGUGCGCAAGCCCAACGGCGGCACUAGGGGUUUAGUGGUAGGGGAUUUCCUGCGACGGGUUGUGGCCCGCACGCUCGCACAAAAGUUCGCCGCCCAUUUUCAGCGUGCCUGCUUGCCUCACCAACAUGCGCUCACAACUCACGCUGGGUCCGAGGCCCUCGUCCAUGCGUUGCAAGCCCGCACUCAGCUUGAUCCGAGACUCACACUCGUCUCUGUUGACGUCACUGCGGUAUACGACCUCAUCAGCCGCCAGGCAAUGCUGCAGGCCCUCCGGCGUACACCCGAGGCCUCGGCCGUGUUGCCUUUCAUCCGUUUGUGGUACGCUCGGGCCUCUUCCUACGUCUGGGCUGCCGGGCCCGAAUCACUCAAGCAGAAGGUGGGGAACAAG